GUACCUUUUGUUCGAACUGGCCUAUCACUCAGUUACAGACUGACGAUGACAUCAUCUGAAGGAGACUUCCCACCGAGCUCUUGGGAUAAUUUCAAUGAAAACUAUAUCAUGAGGAAUAAGUACGGCCGUCAUAAGGACAAGACUGGUCGUUGGGUGCCGAAUAAUCCUGGAACUUCAAUCAAUGCACAAAAAUUCGGUGAAGACAGAACUCCUUACAUAGUCGAAUCAAAGGAAAAAUUUGACAUAAAUAGGCGUCCAGAAGCUGGCUAUUACUUGGAUUAUUUGCUCAAUGAGAAAAUUGUAAUGGAUGGACCUGGCAAAAAUGUUAUCGUUGUAAAGUUGGAUUUUAUUAAGAAAAUAAUAUUUUUGUUUGAAGCUGCAUCUGAAAGGAAUAUAUAUCCUUACUGCAUAGUCGUUUCACCAACUAAGGAGCUUGCUGAACAGUUAUAUGAAGACACACUAGUAUUAUCUGCUGAUUUGAAUUGCAUACCUGUAUUAAGCUUUGGUGAGAUAUGCCGCCAAGAUAACAUUCUCCGUAUCAAAGAUGGAUGUGAUAUAUUCAUUUGUACUGUUGGUCGACUUUGUGACUAUCUUCAGAAUGAAGUUUUGAAGUUGCACCAUCUACAUUUUUUGGUUUUUGAUGAAGCAGACAGACUCUUACAGUUGGAUGGGUUUCAUGAUGAUUUGGUCGAAAAUCUUUUGCCAAAAUGUCGUCCAAUUCCAAAUCUCCGAAAACUGUUAUUCAGUGCUACAGACUAUAACGACCUUGCUGAACUGAAAGAAGAAUUUUCGAUGCCGAACGCUACUAAAGUUGUUGUUGGUGUUCUGAACAGUGUAAAUCCCUUUGUCGAACAGCGAGUUUUAAAUGUGGAAGUUCAUGAAAAGCGUGAGAAACUGUUGGCUUUGGUGCAGAAGACGUAUCUCAAUAACAUUGAUAAAAAAACGCCCAAAACAAUUAUUUUUGUUAACACAAAACGUUUUGCAACAGUUAUUGCAUGCUAUCUAUCGUUGAAAGGAUAUAAAGCUUAUCCAAUUCAUGGGUUGACUUCGGUACUUUUUUUCAGAAAUCUUACUGCAAAAUUACGGAGAGAAGCGAUCGAGGCCUUGCAAAGUGGUGAUUGUGAUAUACUAGUAUCUACCGAUUUGGCGGCGCGAGGUUUGGAUAUCAAGGGCAUAUCACACGUAAUAAAUUACGAAAUACCGAAGUCUGAAAGCUUUCUGUCAUAUAUUCAUCGCGUUGGACGUACCGGACGUGUUGGAAAUUUUGGCCGUGCUACGACGUUUUUUGCUCCAUCUGUAGAUCGCGGUAUGGCUCUGCGUCUAUAUGGGUGGCUUCAAAUGAAUAAACAAGAAAUACCUACCUUUCUGUUUAAAGAAGUCGAGCGGCAAGUAGGUAUCGAGAAUUUGCAAAAGAUAGUAUGGGAAGAAUAUGAGCAAGCUUUGUAUAUGGAAAGCAGUGAUGGAGAAAUGGAUCACUGA